AUGUCCAAGACAUCUACCAAGGUCGCCGAUAAGGGCGCCAAGGCCACCAAGGCCUUGAACAAGGUCAAGGAUUCCGGUGUCACCAAGGCUUCUCAGUCCCCCGCCGCCAAGAGCAAGGCCAUUGCCAGCAAGGUCGCAACCAAGGAGAAGGCCUCCAAGAAGAACAAGAAGAAGGAGCCCACCCCCAGCUCCUCCGAGUCUGAGUCUGAGUCCGAUGAGGAUAUGAAGGAUGCUUCCUCUAGCUCCGAGUCCGAGUCUGAGUCCGAGGAUGAGAAGCCCGCCCCUAAGAAGGCCGAGAAGAAGGUCGCUGCCAAGGCUGAGUCUUCCGACUCUUCCGACUCUGACUCUGACUCUGACUCUUCCGAGUCCGAGGAGGAGAAGCCCGCUCCCAAGAAGGCUGAGAAGAAGGCCGAGUCUUCCGACUCCGACUCUGACUCUGACUCUUCCGAGUCCGAGGAGGAGAAGCCCGCUCCCAAGAAGGCCGAGAAGAAGGCCGAGUCUUCCGAUUCUGACUCCGAUUCUGACUCUUCUGAGUCUGAGUCCGAGGCCAAGAAGGCUUCUUCUGACUCUGAGUCUGGUUCCGACUCCGACAGCUCUGACUCUGACUCCGACUCCGAGGAGACCCCUGUCUCCAAGAAGCGCAAGGCUGAUGAGGAGCCUGCUGCCGCUGCCAAGAAGUCCAAGACCGAGGAUGCCCCCGAGGGUGCUGUCGCCAACCUGUUCAUCGGCAACCUGUCCUGGAACGUCGAUGAGGAGUGGCUCCAGCGUGAGUUCUCCGAGUUCGGUGAGCUUUCCGGUGUCCGCAUUGUCACCGACCGCGAGACUGGCCGCUCCCGUGGCUUCGGCUACGUUGAGUUCACCAACGCUGCCGAUGCCGCCAAGGCUAUGGAGGCUAAGAAGGGUACCGAUCUUGAUGGUCGCACCAUCAACCUCGACUACGCCGCUCCCCGUCAGGCCAACCCCCCCUGCCGACCGCUCCCAGGAUCGUGCUCGCUCUUACGCCCCGAGAGCGACACCCUCUUCGUUGGCAACCUUCCCUUCAGCGCCACUGAGGAUGCCCUCCACGAGGUCUUCGGUGCCCAAGGUUCCAUUCUCGGAAUCCGUCUCCCCACUGAGCAGGAGACCGGCCGCCCCAAGGGCUUCGGUUACGUCCAGUUCUCUUCUAUCGAUGAGGCCAAGGCUGCCCACGCUGCUCUCAACGGCCACGAGCUCGAGGGCCGCUCUAUCCGUCUUGACUUCUCUACUCCCCGCCCUGCCGGUGGUGACCGUGGUGGCUUCGGCGGCCGUGGUGGUGGUCGCGGUGGUGGCCGUGGCGGCUUCGGUGGUCGCGGCGGCGGCGGUGGCUUCGGUGGACGCGGUGGUGGUGGUCGCGGCGGUGGCCGCGGUGGCUUCGGCGACCGUGGUGGCCGUGGUGGCCUUAACAAGGGCAAGGGUAGCAUCCCUGAGUACAAGGGUACCAAGGUCACCUUCUGA